AAUAUUAAAAAAUAUUCAAAACCGAAGCAAUCACGAUUUUAUUUAGGUUUCAAAUUUAAUCAAUAAUAAAACAUUAAAAAUUGAAAUAACAUGGUUUUACAAAUGUUUUAAAAUUUAAAAAAGAAAAACAAAGAUUAUUCAUUUUUUGAGAAAAUGAAGGCUAUAAUUCAACGUGUUACAUCUGCCAAGGUAACUGUGAAUGAGGAGUUAAUAAGCAGCAUCGGAAGGGGAUUGUGCGUAUUAGUGGGAAUAUGCCAGGAUGACACUGAAAAAGAUGUAGAUUUUAUGGUUCGAAAAUUACUAAGCAUACGUUUGUUUGAAGAUCCUACCGGAAAACGGUGGCAAAAAUGUGUUAAAGACGAAAAUUUAGAAAUUCUUUGUAUAAGUCAAUUUACCCUUUAUCAUAGAUUGAAAGGUAAUAAACCAGAUUUUCACAUGGCUAUGCAAGGACCAGAUGCCCAAAGCCUUUACAACAGCUUUUUAAGAAAAUUGGGAACUAGCUAUAAUGUAGACAAAAUCAAAGAUGGAAAAUUCGGAGCUUAUAUGCAAGUUCACAUACAAAACGAUGGACCAGUUACGAUAACAUUAGAUUCACCAAAUAAUGGAAAUAAUAAAACAGAAACAAAUGAAGUAAAAAGUGAGAGUUAAUCUUGUAAUAUUAUUAUGUAUAAAUAAAAAAGGCUAAAUUAUUGUAAGCUAAAAUUUUUGCUCCGAAAAUAAACCGAUAAUUUUUUUUUUAAACA